AGAUCGUUGAAGGAAGCCCUCGUAGAGAGCUUAAACGCCGUUUUAUCACCAAUUCAUAAUGUCAGAAUAUCAGGAGAGGAACAGGUUAAAGCAUUAGAAGUCACAGAAGAAUUUGGAGUACAUCUUGCAGAACUUACAGUUGACACACAUGGACCUUUAGCAAUAAGACAGUUAUCAUCUGUGUUAUUACGACAGUAUGUGGAUGCUCACUGGUGCAAACAUUCGGAAAAGUUCAGAGAGCCGGAAACAUCCGAACAUGCAAAAGCUGAAAUCAGAAGGAUUUUACCUGUGGGUCUGAAGGAGUCUAUCAGCAAGGUGCGAUCAAGUGUAGCAUACGCGGUGUCGGCUAUAGCCCACUGGGACUGGCCAGAGGUGUGGCCUGAAUUAUUCCAGAUCCUGAUGCAGGCUUUAACGAGUGGUGACCCUAAUGCUGUGCAUGGAUCUAUGAGGGUUUUAUCAGAGUUCACUCAAGAUGUCACAGACACACAGAUGGGACAGGUUGCACCUGUUAUUCUUCCUGAAAUGUACAAAAUCUUCAUCCAAGCUGAAACCUAUAGCAUCAGAACCAGAUCACGGGCUGUCAGCAUCUUCAAUGUUUGUGCAGCGAUGAUUGCAACCAUGGCAGAGAUUCAGAGGGGUAUUGCCAAGCAGCUGUUGUUUCCCUCUGUCCCCCAGUUUACCCAGGCAUUUAUACAGGCUCUUCAGGUCCCUGACGGUCUGACCUCAGACAGCGGACUUAAAAUGGAAAUCGUCAAGGCUAUAACCACCUUGGUGAAGAAUUUUCCUAAGCUGAUGUCUCAGUAUAUUGGUGAUAUUUUACCUCCAGUGUGGAUGAUAUUUACACACAGUGCUGACUUUUAUGUAAGAACAGUUGUAAACAGCUUGGAAGAAUCUGAUGAUCCUGUUGAUUCUGAUGGUGAAGUCCUAGGGUUUGAGAGCCUGGUUUAUGGAGUGUUUGAAUUUGUCCACGUUCUGAUCGACACACCAAAGUUCCGCAGCACCGUGAAGAGUUCCGUCAAUGACAUCCUGUAUUACGUCAUACUCUACAUGCAGAUGACAGAUGAUCAGGUGAGGUUAUGGACUAACAGCCCAGACCAGUUUGUAGAAGAUGAAGAUGAUGAUUCUUUUUCGUAUUCAGUCAGGAUAUCAGCUCAAGACAUCUUGUUAUCAAUAUGCAGUGAGUUUCCAGAGGAGAGUGCACCUGCACUCUGUCAGGCUGUGACCAAACAUUUAGCUGCUGUGGAACCUCUCAAGAAUGCCAACGAUCAGAACUGGUGGAAGGUCCAUGAGUCGUGUAUGCUAGCUAUGGGAAGUGUGACUGACCUGGUCACUGAGUCCAUACAGUCUGGGAAAGUCCAGUUUGACAUCACCGGAUUCCUCCAGUCCGUGGUCCUAGCUGACAUGAAUUACUGCAUUUCCCCAUUCCUGGUUGGUAGAAGUUUGUGGACAGCUAGUCGAUAUACUGAGGUCACCUCUACAUCUCCAGAGCUGCUCAACAGGUUCCUUCAGUCUACAGUGGGUGGCCUACAUGCCACACAACCCUCCACCAUCAGGAUUUCAGCCAUCAGGGCUGUGUACAGUUAUUGUCAACACCUGAAGUCUGCUAACACCACUCAGUACCUCGUACCAUUCCUACCCAACACUCUGGACGGCCUCCUGUCGAUAGCCACUCAGUUCUCCUCAGAUGUUUUAUCCCUGUGUCUAGAAACCAUGUCUAUUCUAUUAUCAGUUGACAAGGCGUUUACAGCUACUGUGGAAAGCAAAGUUACUCCCCUUACCAUUGCAGUCUUUCUGAAAUUCUCAUCUGACCCAGUGGUUGUGAACAUUGUCCAGGAUAUCUUUAAGGAGUUGGCUGGUAAUGAGAGCACAGUAGGCCCCUUAGAACAUCGACUCCUACCCACACUUGUCAGUAUUCUACAGGCCCCAGAAAAAGUCCCUGUCAGCCUGCCACCAGUAUCGUUAGAAAUGAUGGAAACCAUGGUGAGAGCACACACUGGUCCACUCUCCGAGGCCAUGAUAAAGACAGGCUUCCCUGCCGUGGUUCACUGCACGUUACACACGGACGAUAAUGCAGCCAUGCAGAACGGAGGAGAGUGUUUGAGAGCAUUUCUCUCUGUAGCAUUAGAACAGGUCAUGGCUUGGCAUGAUGAACAAGGUAACAAUGGGCUAUACUACAUCAUGCAGGUGAUAUCAAAACUGCUGGACCCCAAAACCUCAGAGCACACUGCUUCCUUUGUGGGUAGACUGGUCUCCAUUGUGAUAACAAAAGUCGGGAACCAGCUAGGGGAAAACCUUGACCUGAUGUUAAGACUAGUUCUCAGUAAGAUGCAGCAAGCGGAAACACUAAGCGUGAUGGAGAGUUUGGUGAUGGUGUUUGCCCAGUUGAUGAUCAGUAAUAUGUCAGCUGUUCUGGAUUUCCUGACCAAUGUCCCAGGUCCAACAGGAAAACCCGCCCUUGAGUUCGUCCUCACAGAGUGGUGUUCUCGGCAGCAUCUCUUCUAUGGCAAUUAUGAGAGAAAAGUCUGCACUGUUGCACUCUGCAAGCUUUUGUUACAUGCAAUACAGACCAAUGACACAAGGCUACAAGAAAUUCUAAUCCAGGGGGAGGAGAUAGAACAGCCAACUAAAGGAAUUAGAACCAGGUCAAAAACAGCCAAUGAACCUGUGCAGUGGACCACAAUUCCAGUCCUGGUGAAAAUCUACAAGCUGUUGAUCAAUGAGCUGUCCAAUCAGAUUGAGGCUAACAUGUGUAAGAACGGGAAGGAUGAGGAGGACGAUGAAGAUGAAGAUGACUGGGAGGAAGAUGAUGGAGAUGAAGAGGUCCAACUAAGGGGACAAACUCUGUCUGACCUCAUUGACAGCAUGGCAGCCGAGUUCAACGGUUAUGAUGUAGAUGAAGAGGAAGAAGAAGAUCCGGAUUUCUCAAAAGAUCCAACUUAUCAGAUAGAUUUACAGGCCUACCUUACAGAAUUUCUCCAGUCACUUUCCCAGCAGUCCUGUUUCAGUACAUUCAGUGCACAUCACAACGAAUCAGAGAAACACGUUCUACGGACAAUUAACAUAAAUGUCUGACACAGAUCCUCUCCUACCUGUUGAACUCUUUAAAUUUUAAUCUUUUAAUUUAUCAAUACCAAUUAUGAUUAAAUAUUCAAUUUUUUUUAUUUACACAAUGAAAGUGUGAAAUUUGAAACCAUUGCAUGUGUGAGUGAAAGUGUGGCUGUUUUAUUUAAGCUUUAACAAGUUUGGUUUUACGAGAGUUCUGAUGGGAAAUAUUUUAAGUUGAUGAGGAAAAAAUUAUACCAAUGAUUUAGCACAAAAUACAAAAACUAAUUCCUAUUUUAAUAAAAAAGGUUAGUGAAUUUAUUAAGGAGUUUAGUCAAAUGUGAUUUUAAACAAAAAAAAGUAUUCAAUCUUUUAAAUGAAUGUUCAGUGAUCUAUUAGUAUGUUAACAUCAGUUAUGGCAUGGUUUUAACCAAGAACAAUACUUUUGUUGACAGAGAUGUCUACAAAUGAAGUGAUG